GAGAAGAACAAAAUUGGGCGCAAGAAGAGUAAAAUAGGAAAAGAAUAGCCCUCCUCGCAAAACAUAUAUCGUCACCGUCAUCGUCUUCAAUUUCACUUUGCAUCAAUCAAAUCAUCUCUCCAAAACCCUAAUUCAUCUUUGUCUUCUUUGAUCAAUUGGUUUCGAAAAAGGGAGUCGGAGAUACACAAGAGAGGGUGGAAAUAUGUCUCUUCCGCUACUGGAGUGUAAGUACGUGACGGAGGAGUUUGUUCGCGAAGCGAAGAAUGGCAACUACGGUUCCAAGCUGCCGAGCUCCGUUCCGAUGCUUCGUUUCCUCUACGAGUUCUGUUGGAUUUUGGUUCGUGGCGAAUUGCCGAUUCAGAGCUGUAAGGCAGUGUUGGAGAAGGUGAAUUUCUUGGAAAAUCCAUCGAAAGAAGAAUUAGCUUCCUGUUUUGCGGAUGUCGUGACUCAGAUAGCUCAAGACGUAGCUUACCAUGUCGGGGGAUCACCGUUCUCGCCUAACAAAAUUGGUAAAUACUUUUACCUUCUAGAAACUGAUUGUGGUGGUUUUGACAUUAGUAUGAACGAGGCGAAAUGGCUUGUGGAAUCACAGACAGUACCUCAAAGGCUUUUCCAAGAGCGUUGUGAGGAGGAGUUUCUAUGGGAAUCUGAAAUGGUCAAAAUUAAAGCCCAAGAUUUGAAGGGGAAAGAGGUGCGAUUAAACACUCGUCUUCUGUACCAGCAGACAAAGUUCAACUUACUCCGUGAAGAAAGCGAGGGAUAUGCCAAAUUGGUCACCCUUUUAUGCCGAGGAUCUGCAAGUUCUUCGCAUAAUGCAUCAGCAGCAACUAUGGGAAUUAUCAAGUCAUUAAUUGGACAUUUUGACCUGGAUCCGAAUCGUGUUUUCGACAUUGUUUUGGAUUGCUUUGAACUUGAACAAGAUUACGACACAUUUCUCAAUCUAAUUCCUAUCUUUCCCAAGUCUCAUGCUUCGCAAAUUCUUGGAUUUAAGUUUCAAUACUAUCAGAGAUUGGAGGUGAAUAGCCCUGUUCCAUCCGGGCUCUAUAAGCUUACAGCCUUGCUAGUAAAGGAGGAGUUUAUCAAUCUUGAAAGCAUAUAUGCACAUCUGCUACCUAGGGACGAAGAAAUUUUUGAGGAUUAUAAUGCUUUUUCUGCAAAGCGGUUCGAAGAGGCCAAUAAUAUUGGAAAGAUAAAUCUUGCUGCUACGGGGAAGGAUCUUAUGGAGGAUGAGAAACAAGGAGAUGUCACCGUAGAUCUCUUUGCUGCUUUAGACUUGGAAACAGAAGCUGUUACUGAGCGAUUACCAGAACUUGAAAAUAAUCAGACUCUGGGCCUCCUCAAUGGUUUUCUCUCUGUGGACGACUGGUAUCAUGCCAAUAUCUUGUUCGAGCGCCUUGCGCCUCUCAAUCCAGUGGCUCACAAUCAUAUUUGUGGCGGCUUGUUUAGGCUUAUAGAGAAGUCAAUCACUCAUGCUUAUCGCAUUGCUCGUCAGACACGGUUUAAAAAUUCUUCUUCUGCGGGCGCAGAAAAGAUUACACACGCUGCUAAUACAACAGCCAAUAGGACUUGUCUAGAUCUUCCGAAAGAAGUGUUUCAGAUGCUUGUUACAGUUGGACCCUACUUGUACCGUAAUACACAACUGUUGCAGAAGAUUUGUAGAGUAUUAACGGUUUACUACUCGUCGGCCGUAGAUCUUGUUCGUACGUCAAAUCAAGAAGGUAGUUCAUAUGAAAAUUCUCGUAUUCACCUGAAGGAAGUUAGGUUGAGAGUGGAAGAAGCUCUAGGAGCAUGCCUUCUGCCAUCGUUACAAUUAGUACCUGCAAAUCCAGCAGUUGGUAAUGAGAUUUGGGAAGUGAUGCGUCUCCUUCCAUAUGAGGCUCGUUAUCGCUUAUAUGGUGAGUGGGAAAAAGACGAUGAGCGGAAUCCUUUACUGUUGGCAGCAAAGCAAGUGGCAAAGUUGGACACUAGAAGAAUUCUGAAACGGCUUGCAAAAGAAAAUUUGAAAACGUUAGGAAGGAUGGUGGCAAAACUAGCUCAUGCCAAUCCCAUGACGGUGCUUCGGACAAUUGUAAAUCAGAUUGAAGCAUACAAAGAUAUGAUUCCUCCUGUUGUAGAUGCCUUCAAGUACUUGACACAGCAUUCAUUCUGGGCUAGGCUUAAAAUAAUGGAAUGGGGAAAUGUUGGUUUGGCUGAUUCUAGACAUGAACUUCUGAAGAAGGCUAUGAUGCCGUGCAAUCUUUUGUUUGCUAAGUUACCUGGAGUCAGCUUUCCUUUCCAAGUUAUGGUUGUUAUUGAGAUGCUUCUGAUGCACGCUCUGAUGCUUUCCAUUUUUUUUCCUGAUACACAGCUCGAGUAUGAUAUCCUGCAAUAUGUCGUGAUUGAGAGGCUAGCACAAAGUGGACGAGAUAAACUCAAAGACGACGGGAUUAAUUUAUCAGACUGGCUUCAAUCUUUGGCUUCAUUUUGGGGUCACCUGUGCAAGAAGUACCCAUCAAUGGAGUUAAGGGGUCUUUUCCAGUAUCUCGUGAAUCAGUUAAAGAGGGGCCAAGGGAUUGAGCUUGUUCUUCUCCAGGAACUGAUCCAGCAGAUGGCAAAUGUACAAUACACUGAGAACCUUACUGAAGAUCAGCUGGAUGCUAUGGCAGGAAGUGAGACUUUACGUUAUCACGCAACAUCCUUUGGCAUGACACGGAACAACAAGUCACUUGUCAAAUCAUCCAACCGUCUACGAGAAUCGUUACUUUCAAGUGAUGAACCAAAGAUGGCUCUAGCUAUCCCUCUUUUGUUACUUAUCGCCCAACACCGUUCUCUGGUUGUGGUAAAUGCGGAUGCACCAUAUAUUAAGAUGGUCACUGAACAGUUCGACAGGUGUCAUGGAAUUCUCCUCCAGUACGUGGACUUCCUUUCUAGUGCUGUUAGUCCCGCUACUGCUUAUGCUAAGCUGGUACCUUCGCUUGAUGAGCUUGUUCACACAUACCAUCUUGAGCCAGAGGUCGCUUUUUUGGUAUUUCGCCCUGUGAUGAGGCUCUUCAAGUGUCGACCGAAUGGUGAUGUUUCUUGGCCUUUGGAUAGUGGGGAGUCUAUGGAUGCAGAUACUGAUAUAUCAGAGUCUGAGAGCUCCAUGAUUCUCGAUCUCGGCGGAUCGGAAAAACCAGUGAAAGCUAUAAUGUGGUCUGAUGUUCUUGAUACAGUAAGAACAAUGCUGCCCUCGAAAUCUUGGAACAGUCUGUCGCCAGACCUCUAUGCUACCUUUUGGGGGCUUAGCCUGUAUGAUCUCCAUGUUCCCAGAAAUCGUUAUGAGUCUGAGAUAUCGAAACAGCAUGCUGCCCUUAAGACACUCGAAGAGGUUGCUGAUAAUUCAAGCUCAGCAAUCACGAAGAGAAAAAAAGAGAAGGAAAGGAUUCAAGAAUCUCUUGAUCGUCUAACUAGUGAACUAAAAAAGCAUGAAGAACAUGUUGCUUCUGUCCGUAGAAGGCUUUCCCGUGAAAAGGAUAAAUGGUUGACCUCCUGUCCUGAUACUUUGAAGAUCAAUAUGGAGUUCCUGCAGCGUUGUAUUUUCCCUCGUUGCACAUUUAGCAUGGCGGAUUCUGUGUACUGUGCUAUGUUUGUACUUAUGCUCCACUCUCUUGGAACACCCUUUUUUAACACAGUCAACCACAUUGAUGUACUAAUAUGUAGAACACUACAACCAAUGAUCUGCUGCUGCACUGAAUCCGAAGUUGGAAGAUUUGGGAGGUUUCUGUUUGAGACCUUAAAGAUCGCAUACCACUGGAAGAGUGCAGAAUCAGUCUAUGAAAAUGAGUGCGGAAACAUGCCAGGGUUUGCUGUUUAUUAUAGAUACCCGAACAGCCCGCGUGUCACAUUUGCACAAUUUGUGAGGGUACAUUGGAAAUGGAGUGGAAAAAUCACAAGGCAUUUGAUCAACUGUCUGGAGUCAAAUGAAUACAUGGAGAUUCGUAAUGCCCUGAUUAUGCUAACAAAAAUAUCUACUGUUUUCCCGGCUACUCGGAAGGCUGGAUUUACUCUCGAGAGACGGGUAGCCAAGAUUAAAACUGAUGAGCGAGAGGACCUUAAGGUCUUGGCAACUGGUGUUGCCGCUGCUCUGUCUGCAAGAAAAACAUCAUGGGUUACAGACGAUGAAUUCAACCUGGGACUCUUUGAAACAAAGGCUCCGCCAGUACAUACUCCAAAACAUGCUCCUUCACAGAAUGGCUUGGUAGGUGGUGUCUCCCAAGGUGAAACAUCUGGGGGAAGAUCUAUUGCUAACCAGCAGCCUGAGUCUGGCGGCAAGGACCAGCUGUCAAAAACUAAACCACCAGAUGGAAGAACAGAAAAUGUAGCUUCAAAAGUUGAUCAAGGAAAUCCAAAAUCGUUGGGUGGCAAUCCAUCGGAUGCCCAACCAUCCAUGCCUAAGAAGUCAAUGGAACAAAAAGAAACAGAUGAACCACCCAGAAUAUCUGAUGAGAAUCCUGUCAAAGCUGGUUCAAAAUAUUCUGAAGCCGAGUUCACGGAAUUAUACUGGAAACUAGUCCUGCCUAUUCUAUCUUAUUUGUUUGGUAGCGCCCAUUCUACUUUCUUGACAGCCUCUUCUAAAUUAAAACCUUCCUCUAAACGGGGUGCAUCGAUGAACAAACCAACUAAACAAGAUGAAGGAAAGUCCGGUAAAGCUGUUGGAAGAACAUCCACAGUUGACAAAGAUCUUAUUUAUCUGGAGAGCAGGCAAGCAGGUUUGACCAAAGCUUCUCCCAGCACAGCAGCCAAUGGUAGCUUAGCUACUGGUUCGUCCAAAGUGAAAGAUGAUGGUGCUGAAGCUUCAGAUACACAAAAGCAAUCUUCUCGGACUGUUCAUUCCCCUAGGCAUGAAAUUAACACUUCUUUGAGAUCGAGUGAUAGGUUACAAAAAAGAGCUAAUGCUGUUGAAGAUAGUGACAGAAUAAGUAAACGCCGUAAAGGAGAUGCUGAGCACAAAGAGCAUGACAGUGAGGCUCGGCCGAGUGAUCGAGACAGAUCAGCAGAGGCUCGGCUGGAUUUAAACAAAACAUCCACUGAUGACCAAGGCACACAUAGGGAUCAAGAUAGGUCAAAGGAUAAGGGUAAUGAAAGACAGGACCGAGACCACAGAGACAGAGUGGAGCGUUCUGAUAAAGCUCGCGGAGAUGAUGUGGAGAAAGUACGAGAUAAAUCCUUGGAACGUCAUGGUAGAGAGCGAUCAGUUGAGAAGAGUUUAGAUAAAGGAACAACUAGGAAUUAUGAUAAAAACAAGGAUGAUAGAACCAAACCGCGUCAUAGUGAGGCAUCACUUGAGAAAAGUCAUCCUGAUGAUCAUUUUCAUUCUCAAGGUUUACCCCCACCUCCACCUUUACCUCCUAACACCUUCCCACAAUCUAUGGCCUCGAAAGAAGAACCCGAAAGAAGGGCUGGAAGUACAAGGCAUUCUCAGAGGCUUUCCCCGAGGCAUGAUGAAAGAGAGAGGCGACGCUCUGAAGAGAAUUCCUCAGUUGCCGUGGACGAUACAAAGCGUAGAAGAGAUGAUGAUUUUCGUGACAGAAAGCGAGAUGACCGAGAAACAAUUUCUGUGAAGGGAGAAGAAAGAGAAAGGGAAAGAGAGAGGGAAAGAGAAAAAAGUAUCCCUUUGAAAGAUGAUUUUGAAGCCUCCAAGAGAUGGAAGGUCAAGAGGGAUCAACAAGUCUCAUCCGCAGAGCCAGGGGAAUACUCUCCAAUGCCACAUCAGUCAUCUUUACCAGUCAGUAUGGGACCACCAUCAUCGUACGAAGGCAGAGAGCGAAAGAGCAGUAAUAUGACUCAAUAUGGAGGUUAUCCUGAAGAGCCAAGCAUCAGACUUAUGGGUAAAGAAGCUUUCAGCAAGAUGGCGCGUCGUGAUCCUGACCCGUAUCCUUAA